CUCUCUCUGUAAGUCUGAAGUUUGUGAAACGAAGCUGGAAUGAUUUUGUUGUUGUUUGCCAUUUCUACAGUGUCGGCGGCAAAAUUAGAUGCCCCGGCACCGUAUGAUCCAGUGUGGUUGGCCAGCGUGCAGACGUACGGGCCACUGCCUAACGAAACGCGUCUCUGGGGCUGGGUUUAUGAGGCUGAUGUGCAGUUCCGACUAUUCACCAGGCGAAACCCUUUUGACCCUGAAGUCCUACACAUCAAUGAUUCCUCGUCUCUACAUAAUUCUCAUUUCGAUUUUGACAACAAAGUUAAGAUUUUGACUCAUGGCUGGCUUAAUCAUGGGUACAGUCCCAUGCCUGAAUCCAUUAAAGAAGCUUAUCUUAACGUCAGUGAUAUAAACAUAAUAGUUGUGGAUUGGGGCACCGCAGCCAAUGUCAACUACAUCCUGGCAAGUUACAAUGUAGCGAUGGUCGGACGACUUUUGACGCAGUUCCUGAAUUUCUUAAUAGAGAUGGGCGUUUCUAUGGAUGACGUGCACCUUAUUGGUCACAGUCUUGGUGCUCACGUAGUUGGUAUUGCUGGAGCGUAUGUGAAAAAAGGACCAAUUGACACAAUUACAGGCCUCGAUCCCGCCUAUCCUCUAUUCACUCUGGGCAACAAAGACGCUCGGUUGGACAAACAUGACGCACGCCACGUGGAAGUUAUCCACACAUGCGGAGGAUACCUCGGGUUCAUGUCACCCCUUGGACAUAUUGACUUUUAUCCUAACGGCGGUAUACGACAGCCUGGUUGCGGAUAUGAUAUUCGAGGUCUAUGUGCACACAACAGAGCCCAUAUGUUCUUCUCAGAGUCCAUCAUAUCCCAUGUCCCUUUCACUGCCGUGCGGUGCACGGAUUACGACGAGAUCUACUACCAGGGCUCCUGCAAAGGCACCGGAGAAACUCUAGUUAUGGGCGGUUUUGAUAUACAUUACGGGAAAGAUGGAAUUUACUACCUCAAGACAAAUGCCGAGCACCCCUACGCCCUCGGGGACCCGACAUGAAUUACGAUUAAAUAUUAAUUCUUUGCGUUGCCAACUUCGCCUAUAAAUUAAUUCUUC